AUGAGGCCAGCGAUAUCAGCGUGCCCGGUGCACAUGAGCAGUGUGACGGCCUUCGCAUCAGCCCUCGCAGCAAAUAUUUGCGUUGCUGUUGAUGGAUCAGCGGCUUUCUGCUUCGUGAGAGACGUUGAGACGGAACAGCUGAUAGGGGCAUAUGCAACUCGUCCCCCCAUUUUAUCCGUUCAGCAGACCUGCCCGACAGCGAAGGGAGACGGUAAUCAUGGCGAAUGCGUGCAUGCUCUCUCCCAACCCAGCAGGGCCUUGAGCAAGCAGAAAACAGUGAAGUCUAUUCACCCGAAGAGGGCUUUGAGCUUGCAGAGCUGUUUCAAUUCCCUCACGGUAGAGGCCGAGACGAGUCAUGCGUGCAGUGGCGGCCCACCAUGUGGGGAGCCUUUGCUGGGGAAUGCGAGCGAAGAAGCUGCAACCCUUCUCUCUGCUCUGUUUGCUGAAGACGCCAGAGCCAGUAACUCGUGUUCGCUGCGCCCAGCACAACCACAGGCGGAGGGUGAAGAAGCUUCACGAGCAUCAUCGCAAAGUGUGUCGAAUGUUAAAUCGUUCCGACAGUCGUGCUGUGAGGAGACUGCCACCAGGCCCUCAAAUAUGAGUGGGUGUCAGCCUCAAGAAGGAAGCAGUCCAGACGACCCGACGACCGCGAAGCCAAGCGCUGGGAGUGUGCAGGCGCUGCCGCCUUUGGCUGUUCCAGAGCUGAUUGCGGUGUCGUCUGAUAGUUUAGUGGGGUCCCUGAUGAAUAACCUGAAGGAUGGCACUGGAACAUAUUGCUAUGAGCCAACAACAGGGAGAUUGUCGCCAGCGAAGGCGUCGCCGCAGACCAGCCAGUGUGGGGGAUCCCGAGAUUCGUUCCCCUCUGGGACGGCUAAGGGCCUCAUCAUUGCUUGCCGCAUGGAAGACGAAGGAGCACGAAGUGCAUGCGCAGCCAUGGCAGAAGCCCGUGUAGCUUACGUGGGUCCAGGUCCAGACGCCAGGAGAUUGCCUUCACAUCUUACUGGAGUUCCUACCGCUGCAUCGCAUCAAGGUGCUCAACCAGAUGGUGCAGCUCUUGGAAAUCGGCUAGCAUCUGUAGAAUCGGUCAACACGGGGGACGUUUUGAAGAGUUCGAUGUUGCCCCACACAGCUGGACGGGCACACCAGGCUAAUCCUUCUCGAACAUCCAAGGGUCUGCAUGGUACUAUUCCUUUGCUUUUUUCGGCGACAAUUGAACAGCCAACUGCUGCGGUGCACGAUGGCGCGACUUUCCGGUUCCCGGAAGUUCCGGCUAGUGGCCGAGUUUCAGGGAUUCCAGGAGAGACGCACUUUGCAAUCCCUUCCCCGCGUAGAACCGUUUGCACUGAUAAUCCGCCGCUGACAGCGCAGCCAGGCCUGGGCGUGUCUGUAACACCUGUGAGGUCAGUUGCAGCUGACUUCCCCAAUGAGCGGCCGCCCGUGGAUAAGGACGGCCACGACGACAAUUUUGACGUAACGUCAACGUUGCACUCUACCGACUUGGAGACGACCCUAGGAAUCGUUUUUUGCCUCAACCCCAAAAGGGCUGAUGCACAGCCCUUGCUGAAGGCGAUCGCUAAAGUAUGCGCUCCUCCAAUGGCUCUUCUCCUCCAGCAACAAUGGCUUCGCAGGGACAGGUUCAAGCGUGUUCUCCAGCUCGAACUUCACCGCACUGUAUUCCAGGAAACCUCCAUCCCGAUUAGGAUGAUGCAGCGCCUACUGGCGUUGCUCCAUGCAGCUGUUGGAGCGGAAGCUGCAGCCUUUUUCAUCGCAGAUACACAGAAUAGGAAUUUUAUCUGUCUAGGAGGCCACAAGAAAGCAACGGGCCUCAGUCUUAGCGGAGAUCACCAGCUUCUAGGUGAGGCAGCUCGCCAGCAAGGCAGGACCGUUAUCUUCAACUUCCUUCCUCAGGGAUUCAACGCAGAGUAUGACUCUCGUGCACGCUUCGAAAGCAAGCACGCUAUGCUUGUCCCCCUACUAAAUACGCAAGGCCAUGUGAAGGCUGUCGUGGUGCUUCUUAACCGAUCUCACUGCGGUUGCGAGCGCAUGAAACAAGCAGCAGAAGUUGCAGAGAAAGAGUGCACUUGUGAAGGCCGCGUGCGUCUUCUCGAGCCAUUGGGUCUGGCAGUGGACGCCUGGAGCGCUGAGACAGCCCCUUGCGGGCAACUAACAAAUGUCUGCAUGGCCGGCAUGAGUCUUCUUCAGCCCAUGGAAACAAUGGUUUCCUAUGUCAUGGGUGACCAACAACGAGACGCCCAGAACGCGAGAAGGCCUUUCGGCGCAGUCAUGGAGCAAAUCGAAAACUUUGUUCUUCGUGAUAGGCGCAAAAUGAUGUUAAGCCUUCGUCGUUGUGCUUCGGUGACGGUGACGGAGCCCACUUCCUCACGCGCCCUUUCAGGUGCUAUAGAGGCACGGAAUUUGAAUAUCUCUUCUUCUGGUGAAGGCGUGGGUAAGACUCUGUGUACACCCCGCCGUCGUCAUGUUUCGAACAUCCCUCCUACACCGGGCACGGCUAUGUCACCCAGCGGAGAGAGGAAGGCAAGCGAGCAGAAUGCUCGCUUUGGAGGAGCAGAGGGGGAUAUCACUUCUGCAGGCCGAGGCUCCUGUGCAAGUCUCCCAAUAGUUACAAACGCGGGAAGCGAUGCAACAGAUGACCGCUCUUCUAGCAAGUACCCUGAGCAAGAAGUGCGACUACUUCAUUCGAGCAGCGCCCCGCUUGUUCUCUAUUCGGGAUUGCGCCACUCCUCCACAGGAGGAGAAGAGUUAACAUCUGGAAUGCAGCUUGCACAGGGUAUAACGUCGGAUGAAGGGCUGGCAUUCCGACAUAGGAGAAGCACCUCCCUUCCCUCUCUUGUCUUCUCUGCGACCCUUCAAAAGUGCACCAGGCCUUUUGAUGCCAUCCGCAAACAGCGGGUUGUGCACUGCCCGUACUUACUGUCUACUGCGCAGCUCUCUUUGGAGCCCUAUCGACGGUUGGAUCUGGAUAUUUGGCGGCGCACAGGGGACGAACUACAAUUGUUCUUUUUUCUUGCUUUAGAGGAGCUUGGAGUGAUGGUGAAAAGUGAAAAGGCUGGCCUGCAAGCAUUUUUUGCCCUGAUUCGCGAUGCAUACCACACCGACAACCCAUACCACAAUUUCUACCACGCAAUGCACGUAGCUCAGAUGUGCUGGCUUUUCCUGACCCGAUACUCUUGCAGAGACGCUUUGACGCUCACAGAGCAGCUCGGCUUAAUGCUGGCGGCUUUGACGCAUGAUGUUGACCACCCAGGAGUAAACAAUAGCAGCCUCAUUGAGGAGCACCACCCUCUUGCGAUCGUCUACAAUGACAAGGCAGUUCUAGAGAAUCACCAUGCUUCUUUCGCUACCAGCGCCAUGAUGAAACUUGGGCUAUUCUCUCGCAAGACCAAAGCCACGAGAAAACCGCCGUGUCCUGGAUCCUCAGCCUUCUCAAGUGAUGCUUCAGUAGGGAGUGGGGCGCAGCCCUUUCUGGUCUCUUCAGCUUGUGCAGCGGUGCGUCAGCAGCAUGAAGGCGAAGACGAUUGCGCAGAUGAUGAGGAUGAACACACAUUUUAUCCAUCCUUCGCGGAAGUUCGUAGAGUUCUUAUAACCUGCAUUUUGGCAACAGACAUGGAACUCUUUAGACAUCAUCACGAGGCAAUGAGGAAGAGAGGUCAAAUGAAAAGAACUACAGGAGAUUUCUUGAACAGUGAUGAAGACCGCGCAUUACUGACCACGUGUCUGAUCCACUGUGCAGACAUUAGCAACCCUUUGCUGCCUGAACGGCGGAAUGUGCAGUGGGCUUCCCUCAUAAUUCAGGAGUUUAAUGCUCAGGUGGAGAUGGAGAGGCACAAAGGCCUCCCAGUGACAGUCUUUAUGGACACUCGCACGGAGCUGUCAAGGACGCAGUCUCAAAUAGGUUUCUUAUCCUUUGUUGUUCUUGACCAAUUCCGCGCUCUCGCAGACUUGGUCCCUGGGGCGGAAGAGUUAGUUAUUCAAGGAGAAAAAAACUUGGAAGACUGGCAAGCAGCAAUGGAUAUUCUACGAGAAGCCGAGCGGCGGGAGGCGUGA